AUGGCCGCCGCCGCCUACGAUGCGGCGGCAUUGCACCUCAGAGGACCAGGGGUCCUGUUUAACUUUCCUGAAAUGGUUGAUAGUCUUCCGAGGCCAGCGAGUUCGAGUCCUUCGGACGUGCAGUUGGCGGCUCAAGGGGCGGCAAUGAGGUUUAGGAGACUGCCAAUGGGGUCGGUUUCGACGGAGGUGGCUGGUGGCUCGAGUGGUGGCGCGGCGCCGGUGACGGUGGGACUGUCGCCGAGUCAAAUUCAGGCGAUUAAUGAGUCGCCAUUGGACUCGCCUAAGAUGUGGAUGCAGUACAUGUACAUUUCUCAUCGUGAUGAGGCUUUGUUUUUUGGGGAGGACAUGCCAUCGUCUAUGGGUUUCUAUGAUGAUCAUGAUGACGGUUUGCACCAUCAGUCCAUUUGGGACUCCUAG